ACCCCCGCACGAAGACGUAAACGAACGCGCCAUCUCCCUCCCGGCCCGUCGAACGCGUCCCGACCAGCGCCACUCCCCUCCGCCCGCCGACCCGGCUCGCCCACCACAAAAAAUCUCAUCCACCACGACCCCUUCCUUCUUCAAGAACGCCAUGGAAAUCUCGCGCGCUCGCUGCGACUCCUCCUCCUUCUUCUUCUUCCCGUAGCUUCCCGCGCUCUAACCGAGCCCAAGGUACGCGACGCGCGGCACACCGGAACCUGUUCGCUUUCUCCUAUUGCUCUGGUCGUGCGACCUGUGACCUGUCAUCCAUGGCCAUGGCCGCGCCGUGGUCGUCGUCGUCCUGCUGCACCGCGACGGCGUCGACGAGCGCCCCGCGGCCGCUGGGUCCGGGGAGCCCCAAGGGCGCGGCUUGGCCGGCCGGUGCCGGCGGGUCGAGCUGCACGGGGCAGCGGAGGAACAGGCGGCGGCGGCGGCGGCUGUCCGUCUGUGCCACGGCGGCCGCGCCGCCGCCGCCGCCGCCCGUGGACUACGCGGACGCCAGCGCCGCCGGCGCCGACGCCGACUACGUGGCGUCGCUCAAGGUCAAGCUGCUGAGCGCGGUGUCCGGGCUAAACCGCGGCCUGGCGGCGGGCCAGGAGGACCUGGACCGCGCGGACGCGGCGGCGCGGGAGCUCGAGGCGGCCGGCGGCGGGCCCGUGGACCUGGGCAGGGACCUCGACCGGCUGCAGGGCCGGUGGCGCCUCGUGUACAGCAGCGCCUUCUCGUCGCGGACGCUCGGCGGCAGCCGCCCUGGCCCGCCCACCGGCCGCCUCCUCCCCAUCACGCUCGGCCAGGUGUUCCAGCGCGUCGACGUGGUGAGCCGGGACCUCGACAACAUCGUCGAGCUCGAGCUCGGCGCGCCGUGGCCGCUGCCGCCGCUCGAGGCCACGGCCACGCUGGCGCACAAGUUCGAGAUCGUCGGGACGUCGGGGAUCAAGAUCAGUUUCGAGAAGACGACGGUGAAGACGAGGGGGAGCCUGUCGCAGCUGCCGCCGCUGGAGGUGCCGCGGAUCCCCGACAACCUGCGGCCACCGUCCGACGCCGGGAGCGGCGAGUUCGAGGUGACGUACCUCGACGGCGACACGCGCGUCACCCGCGGGGACAGGGGCGAGCUCCGGGUGUUCGUCAUCGCCUGAGCCGAUGGACGGAUGACCACUGGAUCUGCCCAAGAAUGUCCUGAGUUCUGACCAAUGUUGUAGCAAUCCGUUCGUCCAUCAUACUACGGUAAUCUGGCAGUACGUAGAACUCGAGCAUCCAUAAAUCGAGUUGCGCAUUGCACUUUGCAAGGGUGCUGCCAUUUGUUUAUGCAUUUCUUCUUCCGGUUGAAUCGAUGAGCAACGCUACGAUUGAUUGAUCGUGCACUGCGAGAGAUAAAA